GCUAGGGUUUUCGCUUGGAAUUGGGAGAGGAAAGCGAGGGGAGGGGAAAAAUACUUGGGGCCGUACCUGUUGGUUACCCUUUAAGGCUUUAACGUACCCCGUUCCGGUUUAUUGCAAACCGUCAGUGAUGAAAUUGGCAAUAAAGCCUUCCAUGAAUCACCUACCAAGGGUAUGAUGCAUUAGAAAACCCGGUUUGGCGCUUCUUCCGGUUGAAAGAUAUCGCUCGGGAGGAAGGAAAGGCCUCCGAUUCGGCUCGGAAAUGGUGAUCUAUAGACAACGUUGAUUCUGCUUCUCUUUUGCUGAGAUUACUCCGCCAUGGAAGAAGAUUACACGAGCCUCCCUACCAGCCAUUUGCUCGGCUCCGUUCCCGCCGUGGCAGCUGAAGAUAAAACAGGAGGCGCUGCUCGUGAAUCCUCAACUGCCAACUUGCAAAACUCUCCGCCUGCUAAUGGAGGCUAUCAAGCCCCUGGGAGUCCAUAUGGUGGAGAUGAGCAAACCACAAGCAGUUGGAAAGGAGCAUGUAGCAUUUCAUCGUACACCCCAUAUUUCAAUGUCGAUAGUGAUAUUGUGGUAGAUAGACUCAUUACUUCAGUGUAUCCCAUGAAUGAUUUUACAAGGAAGAUCGAUGGCAAUCCUGAUCUGUAUGGCCCCGUUUGGAUCUCUACUACAUUGGUAUUCAUGCUUGCUGCCCUUGGAAACUGUGCAACUUAUCUUAUGCGCAAAAGAAAUGAACCAGAUAUUGUAUGGAACUUUGACGUCACUUAUGUAGAUUGGGCAGCAUGUGUCAUAUAUGGUUAUGCACUUGCUGUGCCAGUUGCAUUUUACUUCUUGCUUCAGUAUGUUGGAUGUAAUGCAAGCCUCAUACGUCUCUGGUGUAUGUGGGGUUACUCGCUGUUCAUCUUUCUACCAAGUUCUUUGUUAUUGGUUGCUCCUGUUGAGAUCGUCCGAUGGAUCGUCAUAAUUCUUGCUGGUGCUGCAUCAUCUUGGUUCGUUGCACUAAACUUAAAGGCUUAUACAGACGGGAGUGAUCUGAUGGUUUUAAUUGUUAGUGCCUUGUUGUUGCAAUUUGCUCUAGCGCUCUUCAUCAAAAUUUUUUUCUUCGUGUGAGGUUGUAUGUCCAGGGGUAUCUUGCCAUGCAGCAUAUUUGAUAGCAGCAUGUACAGGUAAGCUCCAGACUCCCAUGAUGCAUGUAAUGUAGAUUGAAUUAUGUCAUCAUUUGUUCCUGUAUGAAAUACUAAAGGGAGUUCCAUACUGCUGCUGAAUUUGUGCAAACACCAUUUUUCAGGUAGGUAUCACAUCAUGAUUAAGGGCAUUUUAUUUUCAUAAUGUUAUUAAGCUUGCAUACUUUUGGCAUUAUUACUCCCUACCCACUACAGUAUAAAUUUUUUAUAAUAUUAUUUGAGUAUAUAAACCAUUUGUUCCAAAUAAGUUGGCCUCUUGAUCGCAUUUAUGAUGUUAGGAACAGUAAAUUCUGAAUUACCUCAAACUGUUGCAAUAUAUCUCCUUGCCAUCAAUGUUGCUACUGAGCUGCAUCCAAGGCAUUGCAAAAUAUUUGCAUGAUCAUGUUGUUCACUCCAUGUCUUGGACUCUCUGUUAGAGGUCAAGUGCAGAGAUUUUAAUGAAAUCUUUUGAAUUCAUCAGGAAUAUCCCAAACUCAAGAAAUCCAAUUUUACUUUGAUAUGAUCCAAUAUGCAAAAAUGUUCUUCAUGAUCUAUUUGGAAUUUUAUCUGCGAAAUAUUGUCUAGAAAAUGUACAAUUUUACUCUAUGAACUAGUACAUCUGAGCUUCAUUGAUGACUAAGUAUGUUUUUGACUUGUUACCAGAUGACUUUGACAGCAAUGCCCCUUAGCCCCAUCCUGUAUGCUGCAUAUAUUGUACAGAUAAGAGUGGGUGAAACUAAAAGAGAUGAUGUGAACACCUUGAUGCGUGGAGUUGCAGUGAGAUGUUUUUUUUUUGACAGACUUGAUAAACUUUCGACUUGCAUUUGUCUGCUCGAUGAUGCUUCUAUUUUCAUGCAAUGCAAUUGUAGUGCACAGGAUCCUUCUGCUUUAUGUUUCAAUGGUAUUGCCUUUUUGGGACA